CCUAAAGAUCGGUUUUCUGCCAUGGCCACCCAAUCCAACCACCCUCACUUCCUUCUGGUUCCUCUCAUGUCCCAAAGCCAUCUCAUUCCUUUCACCGACAUGGCUAAACUCCUCGCCCUUCGGGGCAUAGCCAUUACCAUUAUUAUCACACCCCUCAAUGCGAUCAGAUUCAAGACCAUUAUUGAUCAGGCAAUCCAUUCCAAUCUCAACAUCCAAUUUAUCCCUCUCCAAUUUCCCUGCCAACAAGCCGGCUUGCCUCAAGGACGUGAAAACAUGGACAGUAUCCCCUCUCCGGACUUGAACAAACAAUUUAUUUUAGCAUCUAGUAUGCUCCAACAAACUCUUGAAAAUUUGCUUGGACAUUUGGGGCCGCCGCCUAGCUGCAUAAUUGCUAGUGUUUGUCUUCCUUGGACUCGAGAUGUUGCCGUCAAGUUCAAGAUUCCAUGGCUCGUCUUCCAUGGGAUUUCUUGCUUCACCCUCUUGUGCACUAAAAACAUUGAGCGCUCCGACGUUCUCAAGAGUGUGGCAGCUGAUUCAGAGCCGUUUGAGGUACCGGGCAUGCCUGAUAGAAUUGAAUUUACGAAGGCCCAGUUGCCCCCAGGAUUUCAACCAAGUUCAGAUGGCUCGGGAUUUGCGGAGAAGAUGAGGGCCACAGCCAUUUUGGCGCAAGGGGAAGUGGUGAACAGUUUUGAGGAGUUGGAGCCAAACUACUUGCUGGAGUACAAGAAAUUGGUGAACAAAGUUUGGUGCAUAGGGCCUGUUUCUCUAUGUAACAAAGAGAUGUCAGAUAAGUUUGGGAGAGGCAACAAGGCCUCCAUUGAUGAAAACCAGUGUUUGAAGUGGCUCGACUCCAGAAAGCCAGAGUCUGUGAUUUAUGCUUGCUUUGGCAGCCUAUGUCACUUUUCAACUUCACAACUCAUAGAGAUUGGUUUGGGCUUAGAAGCAUCAAACCGUCCAUUCAUUUGGAUAAUUAGACAAAGUGAUUGCUCCUUUGAAUUAGAGGAAUGGUUGCUGGAAGAGAGGUACGAAGAGAGAAUCAAGGGGAGAGGUCUCAUAAUCCGAGGAUGGACACCUCAAGUAUUGAUAUUGUCCCAUCCAGCAGUAGGGGGCUUCUUAACACACUGUGGUUGGAAUUCUACCGUUGAAGGAAUCUGCAGUGGAGUUCCAAUGAUAACUUGGCGAAUGUUUGCUGAGCAGUUCUAUAAUGAGAAGCAGGUUGUCCAAGUAUUGAGGAUUGGCGUGAGGAUUGGAGUAGAAGUAACAGUACGGUGGGGAGAGGAAGAGAAGGCUGGAGCAUUGGUGAAGAGGAAUCAAGUAAAGGAGGCUGCAGACAAGUUGAUGGAUGAAGAAGAGGAAGGGGAAGAGAGAAGAGAAAGAGCUAGAAAGCUUGGGGAGCUGGCAAAGAUGGCAGUAGAGGAAGGGGGUUCUUCCCAAAUGAAUAUGACAUUGUUGAUCCAAGAUAUCAUGAGCCAAGUCAAUCAAAAUGGACCAACUAAAGAUGGACCAACUAAAGAAAUAGUAUAG